UCCCCACCUGCAGCCCCUCCUCCUGCCGCUGCCGGGCGGAUCAAACGCGGUCCUCGCCCUUCCAGGGCCUCCGCGGGUCCUUCUAUCUGCCCCACGUCCCCUCUGGCCUCUUCAUUCCUUCCUCUCGGUCCUCCUGCUCCUCCUCCCCGGGCUCUCCGGCCUCCCAUUCAUUCCGGCCGCUCCCUCCCCUUUCCUCUCUGCUGCCGGGGCCCUCUCCCCUAGAGCCUCCUCGCGCGGACCCCCUCUGCAUUCUCGGGGUUCUUGGCACAUUCAUGGAAGUUUAGGGCCUGGACGGUGGCCCCCAAGUCCGGCCUGAGCGCAGCCCGAGCUGCUGGCGGGGAAGAGGAAGAUGUCUGUGCUUAGGCGGAUGAUGCGGGUCUCCAAUCGCUCCCUCCUGGCCUUCAUCUUCUUCUUCUCGCUCUCCACGUCUUGUCUCUACUUCAUCUAUGUGGCUCCAGGCAUCGCCAACACAUAUCUCUUUAUGGUACAAGCUCGAGGCAUAAUGUUGAGAGAAAAUGUGAAAACAAUAGGACAUAUGAUCAGGUUGUACACAAAUAAAAACACUACACUCAACGGUACAGAUUAUCCUGAAGGCAAUAAUUCAAGUGAUUAUCUCAUUCAAACAACAACGUAUCUUCCAGAAAACUUCACUUAUUCACCAUACCUCCCCUGCCCAGAAAAACUGCCUUACAUGAGGGGAUACCUCAAUGUCAAUGUAAGUGAAGUCAGUUUUGAUGAAAUUCAUCAACUCUUCUCCAAGGAUUCAGAUAUCGAACCAGGAGGUCACUGGAGGCCUAAAGACUGUAAACCUAGGUGGAAGGUGGCAGUUCUUAUUCCUUUCCGUAAUCGCCAUGAACAUCUCCCAAUAUUUUUCUUGCAUCUGAUUCCAAUGCUUCAGAAACAGCGGCUAGAAUUUGCCUUUUAUGUCAUUGAACAGACUGGCACACAACCUUUUAACCGUGCAAUGCUUUUCAAUGUGGGCUUUAAAGAGGCCAUGAAAGACAGUAUAUGGGACUGUGUGAUAUUCCAUGAUGUGGAUCAUCUACCCGAAAAUGACCGAAAUUAUUAUGGAUGUGGAGAAAUGCCUCGUCAUUUUGCAGCAAAGCUGGAUAAAUACAUGUAUAUUCUUCCAUAUAAAGAGUUUUUUGGUGGAGUAAGUGGACUGACAGUGGAACAGUUUAGAAAGAUCAAUGGUUUUCCUAAUGCCUUCUGGGGAUGGGGAGGAGAAGAUGAUGACCUUUGGAAUAGAGUUCACUAUGCAGGAUAUAAUGUAACAAGACCAGAGGGAGACUUGGGAAAAUACAAGUCUAUUCCUCAUCACCAUCGAGGUGAAGUCCAGUUCUUAGGACGGUAUAAAUUACUAAGAUACUCAAAAGAGCGCCAGUACAUCGAUGGUUUGAACAAUUUAAUAUGUACGCCAAAAAUACUGGUUGAUAGGUUGUAUACAAAUAUAUCUGUAAAUCUCAUGCCAGAGUUAGCUCCAAUCGAAGACUAUUAAAGAAGUAGCUCUCAUGGCAAGAUAGACCAAGUGCUGGAUCAUAAACUCAUAGUGCACUCUUAAUGGAGGUCAGUGAAUGGAUGUGUCACAGUGCCCUGUUCUGUGAGAAGGAUACACCUAGCAGUCCUCAGUGCUCAUGAUGUGGGACUAUGCACAGCCCACCUUCUUCCACUCGUUCUCUACUCUGAGACACUCCCAUGGCGAGCACUGCAGACCCCAGACUGAAGUUAAGCGAGCACCCAACAAAGAGAAAAUUUUUAUACUCAAAUCUAAUUUAAUUGAAGAGAAUGCUUUAUUUCCGUUUAAAUAUAUUUUGUACAUAUGUGAUGUAAAUUAAUGUGUUCAAAUUGUUGAAAAAUAAGGUGUGUUGCAGAUUUGCAUGUAAUUGGUUAUGCCUUUAUUGGACUUUUAUAGGCAUUUUUUAUUUGCAUGGAAAAAAAGAAAUUGUAAUUUAUGUUACUAAACAAAGGUUAAUCCUUGUGUGAGAUGAAGGAACUGUCAAUAAUUGACAGCCAACUAAUACAGUAAACUGUUAUACUAGUUUUGAGCUUUAGACCUUCAGCCUUUUGUAUGGAAGAAGUCAUAGCUCUCUUAGGGUUUUAAAGGGUAAGAAGAAAAGGCUUAAAUAACUUUUCUUCCUUGCCAGGAUUACCUAUUUUUUUCCUUGCUUGCAAUCUCAUCAGAUUUUGCUAAAUCACAACCAUAUUGUUUAUGCAUAUUGCAUGAGUAUUGGCAAGAAAAUCUUUAAAGUUGUGAUGUGACAUGAUAUAAUGGACCUCUUUAUGUCUUUCAUGAUGUACCUCUGGUGUAAAUGUCAGGGAUUUUGUGCCUCGAAAAAUAUUUCCAAGGUUUUUUGUGUUUGUAUGCUGUUUUUUUUUUUUUUAAUUCAUAGCAAAUAGCACUUUUAUUAUUUCUAGUUCAGAAAGCCAAAAAAAUCCAAACAAUUUUUUUAAAAGAUGAGCUCUGGAAAACCCAUUAGUACCUACAAUAUACAAAUGAAUUAUACUAUUAGAUAAAUAUUCUAUUUUUAUGAAGAUAAAUGGUAGAUAAAAACAAAUUUAAGUUUAAUUCUCAGACUUAUAUUGAUAGAAAUUUUAAGUUUAGAAGGAAUCCUUUAAUUUCACCCAAUUUUAUUCAGACUAUUUUUUUUCAUUUUUAUUACAUCUCUGGUAUUAAAAUUUCCUCACUAAAAGCAUAACAAUAGAAUUAUAUUGAAAUACAUAAUCAGUUAUUUAAAUGCAUUGAUGUUAUAAGACACUGCUCUGAAAACAGUUCUUACUACCUGAUAUCAAGUAUAUUAUUUUAUUUUAUAUUAUUAAGUAUAUUAUUUUAUUCUUGACCUCGGGUUUUAAGUUUAAUAUUCAAGUGUUAUUUUCUUUGGCAGUAUUGGUAACACAAAUGAAUGUGAACCAAGCUAAAAUAAUUGAAAUUCUUUACCUUUGAGAAAACUGACAGCUUUCUGUUAUGAUACCAAGCAGAAUUUUUCCACGUAUAUUUCUUAGACAUAUUUUCAAAAUAAUGGACUUAUUUUCAUUUUUGCUGGUACUCAAUGAAAAAUCAGACCUAAAAUGUAAGAGAUUUUUUACUUAAUUUAUGUAUCUGUUCAUUUUAUGUGUCUCAUAACCAUUGUAAUUGUUGUUUUUUUAUUUGAUGAAAGAAAGUAGAUUGAGGAUGUUGACAGUUAGUUGUUGAUCACUAGAGAAGAUUGUAAGGGCAUAGAAGCAUAAUUAUCCCAAUAAGAUUAAAUAUUUUAGUUGUGGGAAAAAUGAGGGCUGUUUCUGAAUCUUAUUAGGAAAACACAUUUGUGAGAAGAUAGAAUGUUUUUAAUUUUCAUAUAUUACAGUUUCAGGAGAACUCAGUACCUCUAUCAUAUGCCUUAUUUUCUUUGAGUAAGGCUAAUAGUAAUUUUUGUUUUAGGAAUUUUUUGGUUUUGGAUGAAUAUUUUACUUUUUCUUUUUUAAGUUUUUAAUGUGGUAUGUCUCCUGUGAAAACCAUCUUACUACUUUUGUUUUUGGUUAUACUUUUUAAGUACAUGCCUAAAAUUCAUUUUUGCCUAUAGUGGCUUUUAUAUGUUUCCAUAAAAGAGCACUUUGCCCAGUUAUGAUCAUAAAUCUCCAUGAAAAUUAGCAAAGGCAUUGCAAAUGCAAACUUUUCUUUACAGUUAUGUUUGUUAGAUUUAAUAGGAAACAUAUAUCAAUUGCUUACUCUGAGUCAGAAGCAAUGCUAGAUAUAUCUACAGAAAAAGUAUUAUUUCAUUUCUAAACAAAUCAAGUCAAGCAAGUUGAAACCUUUUUAAAAUUAUGCUGACAUCUGAUAACUUAUUUCUUGUAUUUUUCAGUCUUAAAGUCAAGAAACAUAUACAUGUGUAUGUAGAGUUAUUAUAAGGUCCCUGUGGCACUACUGGGAAAGUUAUUUAGUGCCUUUCAACUAGAAAAAAUAGUAAUGAUUAAUGGGCCUGUUUGUAGAAAAGAAAAGGGAAAAGUAUAGAUGUUUGCUAUAACAUAAUUCACAGUGGAGCGAGGUAUUGAAAUGUUAGCCAAAAUUAGGGUUUAAUGAGUAUUUUUCUAAUCUAAAUUUACAUUUCUUUUUGUAUUUUGUGUCAAGGUGUUCAGUAAGAAAACCUUAUUUACAAUAUUAUGUAAAUACAAAAUUAUAUGUUAAAAAUUUGCUUAUACUCCUUUCCCAGUCAAAAUAUUGAUACCCAUUUUAAAACAAAAUGGGAAAAAUAUCUAAUACAAUAUUCUCCUACUUUUGGAGGCUCCCUACAAGAAAAAGAAGGUUUUGCAUGAUUUUAUUUGGCCUUUGCUAGUCCCUGUUUUAUUUUUUUUACAUGCUUUUCAGACAAAUAUUAAUAUUCUAGAUUUAUUAUCUUGUAUUUGAAGGUAUACCUAUUGAGAGAACUAAAAUGGUAAUUGUGUUGUAUAUGAGAACGAAGUAUACCUAAGUUUAUUUUAUUUAUUUAGAUCCGAAAGGCUUCUACAUAAAUGCACUGAAAUACAUGCUAGUAAUUUCUUGUACUCUCAUUUUUUUUUUUUUUUUUGCUUCUCAUGGAAAUGUUUGUACUUUUUUAUCAUUGUCUUUUAUGAAAUAUAAUGUUCUAAAGACUUUGUGUGAUGAUGUAAUUAUUUUUUUCUCAGAACCUUUUUUUGGGUUAUCUUGGAUUUUCGUAAUGUUUGUUUUCCUAAAUUUCAAGUGAAUUGCUUAUAAAUAAUUGCCCUUGGAUUGCAACAUCAGCAUAAAGUGAUCACAGUUUUUCAAUAGUUUCAGUUAAAUACAUUUAAAGAUCAUAGCUUUUAUCCUAAAAGGACAUGGUAAUUCCCUUCUUGUUUUUCAGGUAUCACGUAGUAGUGAAGAUUUAAAGCAAACAGACAAAUUUCAGAAAUACCUAGGGGCUAGAUUUGUAUUUGAGACUAGAUUGUGAGAUCAUGACCAUUAUCAAUUUAUUUCUGAAUGAAUUCUAAGUAGCAAUCUUUAUGCAUAGUUUGGUUUAUUGUCACUAUGUAUCACAAAU